AUGGAGCUCUUGCUCCUUCACUACCCCUUCACUUUCCUGUUCUUCGUGUUUCUAGUCCUCUACCAGGUGAAGCCUGCAUUCAGAUACUUCUGCAAGAUGACCUUCUAUAAGUUGUGGAUCUUCACCCUGAGCAUUCUGGUUAUUAUGAUCAGUAUUCCUCGUGGACGUAACAAGGAGAAUUUUAAGUUUUUGCGCAUGUCGUUCCUGCCACUCAAAUACAUCUUUGGUCUGGAGAUAGUGGUGAAGGGCAGGGAGAACCUCAGGACUAAGAAACCUUUCGUCCUUGUGUUGAAUCACCAGACAUCCCUUGACAUCUUGGUGAUGAUGGAGAUAUUACCAAGCCGCUGUGUGCCCAUUGCAAAGAAGGAAAUCCUGUACAUGGGCACGUUUGGCCUGGCCUGCUGGCUCUCAGGACUCAUCUUCAUCGACCGCAAGAAGAAGGAAGAAUCUAUCGCCACCCUGACAGAGGUGGCAGACUCCCUGCACAAAGAAAACUUCUCCGUCUUGAUCUUCCCUGAAGGAACUCGCAAUCAUGGUGGCUCCAUGCUGCCCUUCAAACGUGGGGCCUUCCAGCUGGCUGUGAAAGCCCAGGUCCCUAUUAUCCCUGUGGUGAUCUCUUCCUACUGCAAUUUCUACAACCAGAAGGAGAAGAGAUUUACAACAGGAAAAAGCAUCGUCCAGAUCAUGCCAGAAGUGGAGACCCUUGGCCUGAGCCCCGAUGAUGUUCCCAAGCUCACUGAGCAGGUCCAUGACUCCAUGCUUGCCACCUACCAGAGGAUAUCAGGAAUGAUGAACGGGGCUUCCCAUUAG